CCCAAAAACAGACGUGAUGUCUUUUUUUUUCUUUACAUCCUCUUGUUUGAAUAUCAUCCAUUUAGGUAAAGGGGAUAAAGGGGAUAUUUUAAGAUAACAAGCAUCAUAAUCUCAUGAUUAAAUCUAGAAACAGGAAAUGGAACUUCUGUCUUUGAAAAGGUUCCACUGCUUUUCAUCCCUGUUGAUGCAACAAAGAAAUAACUGACUGCUGAUCCAUACUCAGUGCUGGAGAUCCCAUGACCAAACAUUCUUCUACCAUAGCAGCUUCCACUGGGACGGUAGUCCACAGACUUAGCUGCUCAAGUUUUCAAACUUAUCGUGGGAGCUAGCAUAACCUGCUUUCUGGAAUACCCCCCUGAGUUUCACAGAUCAACCAGGACUACUUUGCCUCAGUCAACGCCCCUUCAAGCCCUCCACGACCAGCCAUCGUGGUGCUGCUCAUGUCCAUGGUGAAUGAGAGGCAGCCGUUUGUGCUUCGUUGUGCAGUUCUUUACUGUUUCCAGUGUUUCCUCUACAAAAACCAGAAGGGUCAGGGGGAGAUCGUGGCUACACUACUUCCCUCAACCAUCGAUGCCAAUUCUAUCUCUGCUGGUCAGCUCCUGUGUGGAGGUCUGUUCUCAGCAGACUCCCUGUCUAACUGGUGUGCUGCCGUGGCCCUGGCCCAUGCUCUCCAGGACAACCUCACUCAGAAGGAACAGUUGCUUCGAGUUCAGCUCACCACCAGCCUGGGCAAACCUCCCGUGUCCCUGCUGCAGCAGUGCACCAACAUCCUGUCCCAGCCGCUUCCCCCCCACUCCUUUAUGGAAAAGGAUUCAGACAGCAGUCCAGAGGCAGAGGAGGAUGCAGGUGACAAAGAAGUCAAAGUUCCAGGAAGUGAGGCCGAGCAUGAGAAGGAAGAGGAGGAGGAGGAUGACGAAGAGGGGAGGUGUCUGAUAUCUGAGUCUCAGAGUCAGGAUGUACGUGCUUUGCAUGCUGGGAUAGCAUAAAGUGGUGCAAACCUUUCAUCAAAGCACGUGACACUUGCUAAUGCUUCAGUCUUUUUUAAUAAUAAGUCAGUUAUUGCUGGCAGCCAAAAAGAACUGUCUGUUUCUAGCCUUGGUGUCUUUUCUUUAUCAAAGCUUGUAUUCUAUACAUGGGUUGUUUAGGCUUUUGGUAUUUUUUAAAAAUAGUUAUUUUUAUUGUCUUACUAAGGAGCCCGUGACCUGACAUGGGUAAAAUAAUAAAUAUCUUGUUCCCAC